AUGGAAUUUGCAGUCCUUUUAUGGGUUCUUAUUUGGAUUUUCUCAGCCCUUGGUGGGUUUGCUUAUGGGCGAUACGUGGAAUAUAAAAAGCACAAACUGACAGAACUUCAUUAUCAAAGGUUAAAGCAGGGAGAAGAAGAUCAUGAGCCUUUGACAGUUGAGUCAAAAGACGAAAAUUACUAUAAAAUUGAACUUGAAAGAGAGCUAGCAAACAAAAAAAUCCUGGAAGAAGAAAUAUCACUACUCAAGAAUAAAAUAGCAAAUCCUGAUAAUUUUCAGACUAAAUAUGUUUAG